AUGUACAUAGGCUCGGGCGACAUCAUGAGGACCCACAUCGGCGUGGACGGGGACCUGGACGAGGGGGCUCUGGCGACCUUGCUGAAGGUGGUGACCGGCAUCGACGACCUUGCCCGGGCGAUCCUGCCCCGAGAGGAGCUGGCGCUCUGCGCGGACAAAGGCCGGGCGGCACUGCAAGCGUCUAUGCCAGAGUUCGACGCCCAGGGCCUAGUGGAUCAUCCAGGGCGUCGGAACCCCGGGACUAUUCAAAUCCCCAGGGUGGAUGAAGAGGCGGGCCGCAGGCAGCAAGUCGGCGGCAGGGACACCGGAGGCAGCAGGCAGCAGGUCGGCGACCGGGACGCUGCAGGCAGCAGGCCGACGGCCCAACGAGACAAGGGGAAGCGUCCCCAGACAUAUGUGCCUCAGCCAUCUUCAUCGUCGUCGCCGUCACCUCUGCAACAACGGUCGGCGGCGGGCGGCGCGACGGAGGGUGGCUGGGGCGGCCAAUCUUCAGGAGCGGAGUCUGGGAUGGAGGCCAGGUCUAAGGCGUGGGAGCCCGAGGGCCAGGGCCCAGCCGACGGCGCAACAGCUGGCGCCCGGACCGACCAGCCACCGGAGGCAGGCUCCAAGGCGGCCGCUGGGGCUGGCUCACAACGGCCCGAGGGCCAGAACCCUCCACCGAAGAGGAGGAAGGCGGAGCCCGGACCGAAGCCGCAGGGCCCCGGUUUCAAGAUCCCCGAAUCCCGGUGGCUACCCAAGGACCCAGCAGGAGGCCAAAGGCAACCGGAGGAGCCGAGGCCAGCCCCUGCUCCGGGGCCGAGCGCGCCCAUUCCAGAGCUGAGCGUGCCAAAAGGCCCGGAGCCGAGGGCACUGGUCAGCCCUGAGCUGAGGGCUCCGGUCGGUCCCGAGCAGCCAGCGUCGACUGAACCCACCCCGAGCACUCCGAGGACGGAGCGAGUUGCCGCGGGGGAGGUGGUUGCGAUAAGGGCGGCACCGGCGCAGCAGCCAUCUGGGACCCCGAGCACCUCUGCAGAGAGGGCUCGCAGGGGACCCAGCCCUCGGCCACCGUCUAGCCACGCCCCGGAACCCCUUCCGGAGGUGCUCGGAAGCGCCCGGGAGGUCAUCGGGCGGCUUGAAGUGGCCGUGGCGGUAGAGCGAGCGGAGCUCGAGAAGGAGCGCAUCGCCCUGGUUGAAGAGAGGGGCCGAUUGGAAGAGGUCGGGAAGCUUUUGGAGACUCGCAUUGCCUCGGCUCGCGCGUCUUAUGAGAGGUCAAUGCGCGAGGUGGCCGAGGAGCGGGAAGCGUUGGAGGAGACGCCUGACGAGGCUGUCGCCACGCAGGAGAAGGCCAGUCGCAUGGAGCGGCAAGCGACCGAGCGCGACCAGGCAUCUCGGAGGCGGGCCGCGGAGCUGCUUGCUCGGGAGCGGCAGCUGCUGUCUCGGGAGGAGGCUGCUGGCAAGCGGGAGAAGGCCGUGCGGUCUGCCCAGGCGGACUUGGCCCAUCAGAACGACGAGCUCGAGCGUGGCCGCGCCGAAGUCCUUCGUCAGGAGGAGGAGGUCGCGGUCCGCGAGACCGACGUAGAGAUCACGGCGGUGGCUCUUGAUGCCCGGGAGGUGCAGAUCGCGCGGUGCGAGGUGGAGGUCGCCUCGGCAUCGUCGGCCCUCACUAUCCGGGAGGAGCUGGCCGCCAAGCGGGAGGCUAACGUGGCCGCCCGAGAGCAGGCCGUCACGGCCCGAGCCGAGCAGCUGCAGCGAGCUCAAGCCGAGACCUCGUCCAUGAGGGGCAUCCCUGCCAGCGCAGCCGACGGUACCAGCCUCAAGGACCGGUUGAAGACCGCAAGGGACGAGCUCGAGACCGUCUUCGCCGAGCGGACCAACGUGAAGCUGAUGACGUGUGACAUCCUCCAGCAGGCACAGAAAUCCAUGAAGGCAGCCGGGCUCAGGCACGUGCACGUGGGCAAGCAGGGGCUCCGGCUACAAGUCGCCUCGACGCUCCACGACAGCACCGCUGUCGGAGGAUGA